AUGUCUACCCUGGAACGUUUGGAUCUUUACGAAAAAGUCCAGGCAUUGGCCGCCCACCCGGCUUUGAAACCAAACGAACGGGGCCACAUUCAAGCGCUCCUCAACGAUAUCAAGGCGGAUUACGAGAAUUCUGAUGACGAGGAUAACACGGGUGGUCCAGAGGUCACCAACAUCCAAAGGUCACCUGCAACCCCUGUCGGUGAGGAGCGGCCUCAAACAGCUGUGCAUUCAUUCAAUCUUCCAGCUGCCAAAUCCCCCGCUGGCCCCACUGGUUCGGAAUCUUACCUGGCCCCAGAACCCCAGGCGGCCAAAGACAAUCGAACACCAAAUCAAUCACCCUCGCGUGCCCCAAGAAUAGGUGAAUUUUUCAUCCUCCCAAAUCCUAUUGGCGCACCUCGAACGACCUGCCCCACCUUCAGCCAAUUCUCGUCGGGCAAUACAACCAGUCCAGUACCGGCAGACAUCAAUAUGGAUUCACACAUGCAAGAUGGGCAACAUUCGGAAAAUUCACGGAGUACUCUCAAUACGUUGGGACAGACGACUUUCCUCACGCGAGCCGGCAAUGAAUUUCUAGAGUCAAUUGAGCAAAAUCACGCGGUCCUUAAUAAGCGGGUUUUGGUGACACCAGCUUCCAACACUGCAUCUACGACUAGCCUGACAACGGCUGUUCUAUCAAACUCCUCCACCUCUGCCCCUGUGGGUUUGCACCGAAUACACCCUAAAAAAACAGUCAUCCACGAGCCACGUUCACGUCCGACGCAAUACCGCUUUCCCAUGGUACAAUUGGAAGGGAUGGAUGAUGAUCUGGCGGCGAAAAGAGCACGCUUGGAACGCCGUGGUUCACAUGAGGAUGCCGAUGGGAGUACUGAUGAUGAGUUUGACCACACGGACAAGCAACCAUCUCAAGGACAAGUCGAAGUGGUUCUUGACAAUGGUCUGGGGCGCGCUGCUGAUUUCCGCCAAGGGCCAAACGGACCCCCUCCGCAGGCCAGUCGUCCUUCGGAAUUCCUGACAGAUUCUAUGUUCAGGAACUACGUCAUUCCGCGAAGACCUCAUGAGGGCACUGGGGCAAACUUGAAUGAUACGCGCCCUCGCGCGGACCAGAGCCAAAAUUCUUCUGGGGGGCCCACUCCUUUGCGGUCUGCAAGAUCACCCUCUGACUUGAAUCUUACUUCCUAG